UAUAUGGCUCACGUUGUUGCUGAACUUUUUAUCUCAUCUCAUGUUUUCUCUAUAAAUACGCCUCAAUUAUAUAACUUUACUUAACUCUCAUAUAUCUUCUCUUCAUCUUAAUUUACUACCGCUCUCAAUAUAUUUGAUCUCUCCUCCUUCAUAUAUAUUACUUAUAACAAGAAGUUAUUGUAUAAUAGUUAGUCAUAUAAAAAAAUGGCUAAGUUCAAUAUUUCCUUCUUCUUCAUCGCUCUUCUUAUCUGCUCCACGCUAACAUACACUUCAGCCCGAAUCAAUCCAACCUCAGUUUCUCCGGAAGAAAUCUCGAUCAAGAAAUUAGAACAAGGAGAAGAAUACUGUGAAGGUGUUGGAGAAGAAGAGUGCGUCUUGAUACGAAGAACUUUAGUUGCUCACACUGAUUACAUCUACACUCAAAACCACAGUCCUUAAAAUAUGAUUACGUUGUUAUGAAUAUAUUGUUGGAUUAAUAAUGAUCAGUCCAUAUACAUAUCUAUCUUCUUGCUAUUGUUGCACUUUGUACUUUCUUAAAUUAUAAACGAAAUUACUUCACAUAUAUACACUUGAUUGUAUCUUUGUCACUUAAUCUGAAAAUAUAUGCGUAUAAAAUAAAUCAGUUAUAUA